UGCAGCGAGCGCCAGGGAGAAAUUCGGAGAUUACGAGCAGCUCCGUCCAUUCAGCACCACGGACAGAAGCCAGCGCGCUACAUUUUCAACGCUCAACUCUCCCUCCGGUGCCUCUGUGGGCGUUGUUUUAGAGCCGCUGAUUCGGAAGGAACGUGGGAGCUGUCAUUCCUAAAACACAUUUGCUGGAGCCAGCAUCGGCACUGACACUAACGCUGUCGUCUCCAGCAGAGAAAUUACAAGUGUUCGGAUUAUGUGAGUUUAAACGAGCACUCCUUAAAAGGUGCCUUUAAAAAUGCUGCUUCCAGUAAUACCAUAUUUUCAAACGCGUUGGGUCUUAAGGGGAAAAUUGGACGGCAAUGUCUGCAAGUGAACACGCUGGUCACAAAAUCGGAUUUUCAAUACACAAAAAAAUAAUUGAAGAACAACGGAUGGACUAACAGCGGAAGAUAAGCAUUUACUGGAUUAACAGAAGGAACGUUUUCUUAUUGACGCUCUUUUCAUACUUGUCUCUAUAUGUAUAGGAACCUUGGAAAAUAAUGUCUACCGAAUUAUUUUGUUUAUAAAUUAAAAAUAAUGGCGUAGCUUGCCAUUAUUUUCGCAGAAAAGUCGAUUUGUUUAUGAUAUCCAUGCUUCUCUUUGCCGCCUCAAUGGUUCCCUCUCAAAAUUAACGUGAUUCUGGUACAAACCGUAUGGUGGACAGUGGGAAAUGUGUUUUGUAAAUCUGCAUUUUACGUUUUUCUAAACGUCUUCCUUCCAGUCUAACAUAUGAAGACACUUGCUUUGGGCGCAAACUGAUACACGGUCGUUUAGAGUUCCCUUACUGCUGAUAUCAGAAGUUGAGAGGCUGCAACAGCGACAGGGGAGAAAGCCUUCACAUCUCCGAAAUUAUGGUAUGUGUUUUUGAAGUCGUUUGGUGUAAAGCGUCAGCAAACCAGGACGUCUCUCCCCACUGAAUUACUCUUCGUACCUUCGUAUCGUUUUCUCUUCCUGAAAUGAAGCAAAAUGAUGAUGUGUGACCGAGGAGUUCAAAUGCUAAUCACCACUGUGGGGGCUUUCGCCGCGUUCAGUCUGAUGACAAUCGCGGUGGGAACGGACUACUGGCUGUAUUCAAGAGGGGUGUGCAGGGUCAAAUCAGCCAACGACAACGACACCAGCAAGAAGAAUGAAGAAGUGAUGACCCACUCGGGGCUGUGGAGAACCUGCUGUCUUGAAGGGACUUUUCGUGGUGUCUGCAAGAAGAUUGAUCACUUCCCUGAAGAUGCGGACUAUGACCAGGAUGCAGCAGAGUACCUACUGCGCGCCGUGCGAGCCUCCAGUAUCUUCCCCAUCAUGAGUGUGGGUCUACUCUUCAUGGGCGGUCUCUGCGUGGCCGCCAGUGAGUUCUACCGCAGUCGCCACAACGUCAUCCUCAGCGCCGGCAUCUUCUUUGUCUCUGCAGGCCUGAGCAACAUCAUCGGGAUCAUCGUCUACAUCUCGGCGAACUCGGGCGACCCUGGCCAGAGCGACUCCAAGAAGAGUGGCUACUCGUACGGCUGGUCCUUCUACUUCGGCGCGCUCUCCUUCAUCAUGGCCGAGAUGGUGGGCGUGCUGGCCGUGCACAUGUUCAUCGAGAAGCACCGUAAGCUGCGCGCCAAGUCCCGCACCGAGCUCAUCAAGAAGUCGGCAGCGUCGGCGUUCGGCCGCAUCCCCAGCUACCGUUACCGCUUCCGCCGCCGCUCCAGCUGCCGCAGCAGCGAGCCGGCCUCGCGCGACGCCUCGCCCAUCGGCAAGGGCGGCUACACGGGACCCGCCGCCGCCGACAUCUCCAUGUACACGCUGUCGCGGGACCCCAGCAAGUCGGCCAUGGGCGCACUGCUCAACUCCGAGAGGGAGUUCCUGCAGCAGCAGGCGGCCGCCGCGCACAACUCCAACUCCAAGGACUUUAAAGAUGCCGCCAACAGGAGGACCACCCCUGUUUGAAACGAGUGAGAAAGAGGAAGAGAAAGAGAGAGAGAGAGAGAGAGAGAGAGAGAGAGAGAGAGAGAGAAAUAGACAGAGAGAGAGAGAGACAGUGAGAAAGAGAGUGUGUGUGUGUUGGAGAAAGAGACCAGCAUAAAAACCAUAUAGGUUAAUAAGGGUUAGUCUGAGCGCUAUAAAAUGCAUUCAGACUCAUUCAUCUGAGUUGGUUCCAAAGGCCUAUACCCUAACAGCAGCCAAAGGGAAGGCCACUAGAGGUGGACAGGCCUGCUACCCUCUUUCUGUAACACUCUAUUUAAAUAUAGAUGGUAAAUGUUAGAUCAUUGGUGCUUCCUUUUUAUUCAGUCUCUUUUUCAGCCACCCUUUCAUUUUAUUCUGUUUUUUCUUCUUCUCCUUCUUCUCUCUCUCUCUCUUUCCUCCACCUGUAGUGAAAUUCAAAACACAUCCUCCCCUCCCCAAGGGCUACUUGGAUGGAACAAAGUCUUCUCCCCCUCCUUUUUUGUCUCACGUUGUCAAAGUAGCUCUGAUGUUUCUCUCGUUUUGUUUUGGAUUUCAGAUAUUGUAUAUUGUACGUGGUGGCUUGGGUUAUUUCAUAGAGAGAUGCACAAACCUGCUGGGGCCUCCUCCUCAGGGGUGGGAUGGGGGGAGGGCGGAGGCUAACGUCUGAGUUCAUCCCCUCCCCACCCCCGCUGCGCCUUACGGGACAGUUCAAUAGCUCUUUUUUUGGCUGGGGAAUGGUACACCUCUCGCUCCUAGUAAUUGUACGCAGCAGUGACAAAAUAAACAGAAAGAAAGACAGACAGACAGACAGACAGA